AUGACCUUUGUCUGCCCAGCUGCGAUGCCUUACAUCCCUCCAUCGAAGUCAGUGUCCAGGCAAUGAUCCGCCGACACUUUCUCACUGACUCGUAAAACCCGCCCUCCUCUCUCACCACCUCCCUCUUUGCCCCCCCACCAUGGCGCGUAGGAACACUCCCUCGCUCGUUUCUCCUGCCGGAAGCCGGCAGGUAUCCCCAUUGCCGUUCUUGUUCUUUGCCCUGCUGUUCUUCGCCUGUUCCGGCCCCGCCAGCGAAGCCAGAUGCGUGUUCCCGGCGAUCUUCAACUUCGGGGACUCCAACUCCGACACCGGCGGCUUCUGGGCGGCGUUCCCGGCGCAGACCGGCCCCUUCGGCAUGACCUACUUUAAAAGACCGUCCGGCCGCGCUUCCGACGGCAGGCUCUUCAUCGAUUUCUUAGCUCAGGCACUCGGAUUGCCGUUCCUCAGCCCCUACCUGCAGUCCAUCGGCUCGGACUUCCGGCACGGCGCCAACUUCGCGACGUUGGCCUCGACGGUACGGCUGCCCAACACCUCCCUCUUCGUCACCGGAAUCAGCCCGUUCUCCUUGGGGAUUCAGCUCAACCAAAUGAAAGAUCUCAGAACCAGAGUUCUUGCGCUGAAGGGAACUGAACAUCUUCCUCCUGGCAAUGUCUUCGGUCAAUCACUCUACACCUUCGACAUCGGCCAGAACGACUUCACCUCCGAACUGGGAUCUCUCGGCAUCGGAGCAGUCAAGCAGUAUCUUCCUCAGGUCGCAUCUCAGAUUGCCUGGACCAUAAAGGAGAUCCAUGACAUCGGAGGGCGGACGUUCAUGGUGUUCAACCUCGCCCCCGUUGGAUGUUACCCAGCUUUUCUGACAGAGCUUCCUCAUAACACUUCGGAUUUAGACUCAUACGGCUGCAUGAUUUCCUACAACAAUGCCGUCGUCGACUACAACAAUCUGUUGAAUGACACUCUCCAACACAUGAGAGACAUGCUUCCGGGUGCCACCAUCAUAUAUGUAGAUACUCACUCUGUCAAGCUCGAGCUCUUUCGACAUCCCAAAAACCACGGACUCAUCCACGGAACCAAAGCUUGCUGCGGACAUGGAGGUGGUGCUUAUAACUUCGACCCACAGGUUUUCUGUGGAAACAGCAAGGUGAUAAAUGGCAUCAAGGUGACUGCAACUGCUUGUGGAGAUCCACAAAACUACGUGAGCUGGGAUGGGAUUCAUGGCACAGAAGCUGCAAACAAACGAGUAACCGGGGCUGUACUCGGAGGUUCCAUCUUUCAUCCUCCCUUCCCUCUUUCCAAGCUUUGUGAUCUCCAGCCAAUAGGUUAAGCAGCAAUUAGCUUUUGUGUUUAAGAAGGUGCAAACAAGAAAUCAGAGCUUAUCAGGUCUAAGAGUGACGAUAAGUUACUUAGUUUUUAUAGUGGUAUACAGUGUCUUCUUUGAAGUGGUAUGAGCUUGAAGGUGACUCUACAAUAAAUGAUAUGAGCAUAAAUUUAAAGAA